AUGGGUUACUACGACGACGACGGUAACUAUCACUCCUUCCGUCGUGGUGUGGAGCGCGCUGCCGACCGCAUCAUGCACCCUCACGGUCACCACGACCGCCAGGACGUAGUCGUCGCUGACGAAGGCGGUCCAGUUCGUUUCCGUGGAAGGCGUCCGCGAGGAUGUCCGUAUCGUUGAGCCCCGUGCCGGUGGCAGCUCCUCGACCGCCGAGACCGUGCCGAUCCCCUGCCACUUCAUCCGCAUUGGCGACAUCCUGAUCCUUCAGGGCCGUCCCUGCCAGGUGAUCCGCAUCUCCGUCUCCCCCCAGACCGGCCAGCACCGUUACCUGGGUGUCGACCUGUUCACCCGUGAACUCCAGGAGGAGUCCAGCUUCGUCUCCAACCCUUCUCCUUCCGUCGUGGUCCAGACCAUGCUCGGCCCUGUCUACAAGACCUACCGCAUCCUGGACCUCCGUGAUGACGGCCGCCUGGUCGCCAUGACCGAGACCGGUGAUGUCAAGCAGGGUCUGCCCGUGGUGCCCCAGGGUCACCUGUUCCGUCGCAUCCGUGAGGCCUUCGAGGAUGGCCGUGGCAGCGUCCGCGCCCUGGUCAUCAACGAUGGUGGUCGCGAGUUGGUCGUCGACUACAAGGUGGUCCACGCUUCCCGCCUGUAA